AUGACUUUGAUAGCUGGUGUUGGUCGAGCUUUGAAGCCUCAAAAGUUCACACCAUAUUUUUUUAGUCCAUACCAGAUUUUACAAAGGAUAGGAGAAGUGGCCUAUCAGAUUACUUUACUACCUCCACUUGCUAAUCUUCAUAAUAUAUUUCACGUGUUCUUGUUGAAGAGAUGCAUUCUGAAUCCGUCUCAUGAGAUCCAAGUGGAUGAUGUACAAGUGAAAGAUAACCUAAUUGUUAAGGCAUCACCCAUGCGGAUAGAGGAUCAGGAGGUGAAGCAGUUAUGUGGUAAAGAUAUUAUCUUGGUGAAGAUAGCUUGGGGAGGACCAGCUAGUGGAAAUAUCACUUGA